ACACAAAUCAUAAAAUAUCUUGAAACUUUCCACCCCAAACAGGCGACUAUCGCAGGGGGGUGGCGAGUAUCUUCCGCUUUAACGCGCCGCGGAAAACUCCCACGCAGACUCGUCUCCCAGCAAAGACUUACUUUGUUAACCCUUAUCAGCGUUAUUAGCUGGCUCAAUAAGCAAGCGGAUUGCAUCANACGCGAUAUUUAUCCCGGCACGAUAAUAAGUCGAUAAACAAAAAUCUUCGCUGCGAGGAUUGAAAUACUUUNGUGCGGAUUCCGGUUUCUUCAGUGCACUCCGGUCGNCACGACCGGAUCGUAUAAUUGCGUUUGUUCCCUGCCAAAGUUCUUUUUUUUCUCGAAAAGUCUCCGUUCUCUCGCGUACACUUGUNAGUACUUCGAGUAAGAACUAAUGUAGCGACACAGAAAACUGACGCAUUAUUAUUUUUAUACAAGAAUUCUGUACGUUUCAACUGUCAUUGUGUCUUUGAUCACGUCUUUCCAAAAAUCNGUCCGAUUUNANUUUAUCUCUCGCGAUAUNACGAUUUUUUUGACUCUAUCCACGAGAUCAAGGUAAUCGUUACCGGANGAUCGCGAAAAGAGNUUUGCGAACUUCACGUGACAGUCAUGAUUCGUCGAAUGACUCGCCGCGAACUCGACUUUUUAGUGUGGCGCGAUGAUAANACGCCGUUAUCGGUUUAAAAACGAGGAGAAAACCUAGUUGGUAGACAGGCAGUCGCCGCGCGGCGACUGUUGAUACGACGGCGGAGCGGUCGUAAGUUCGAUUUGCAAUUCUCGAUCAGUUCGCGAAUCGUCGCGGUUGUACUUCAACAUGUUGGCGAAACAUCUUCUCUUCAUUGCGACCAGACGACCACAAAAUACUUUAUUGGCCAUACCGUCGGAAUCGAUACAAUCGCAAGCGAUAGUCCAACCGCCACCCUAUGUCGCGCCUCCGAAACCGGAAGAUCGACAAAAGUCGCAGAAAUAUCANGAGAUACUGAAGGAUUCGCAACNGCCAAGCUUGCGGGCGUAUUCUGAGAAAGAGAAGCAACAAGUGAUCGCGCCGAAUCAAAAGCAGGAUGUUUACNAUCCGCGUCGGAACGUUCAGCAAUGUGACAACCGCAGAAAUUUUCUCGACCAGCAACAAAUAUCGAAUUANGAGUACCAGCAACGAGCUCGCAGCAACUAUCAGACCGUGCACAUGUACAAUGCGAGAAACCAACAGUUCUGUUUNCCAGCCGGGGAUGCUGUUAAUCAGCAGCAGUUCUACACCCUGCCGACGAGAAGANCUCAACGAGAGACCGAACNACCUCGCAGUGUCACCCCGGACAUAACAAGAGGUCUGGCACGCGGUUCCCUCAGNAGUAUGCACAUACUGGCGAAACAAGGUCAACAGAGAGUCACGAUUGCGGAGAACGAUCAUCAGACUCGAUGCGAUUCGCAAGUAGACGCGAGNAAGAAGCGCGUGGAGUGCACAGAGGCGCAAGGAUCCGUUCAGAGUCAGCCUCAGUCAGUCGUGGAUGUCAGAAAUAGGUUCGCAACGCUGCCUCUAAACCUGGCUGCACUCGGUUAUCGAUUCUUCGCGUCCUCACUUGAGAGUGACACUCUUACGAAGUCUCCCAACGCGGACAUUUUGCAAAACAAUCCAAUUUCGCCGAUCGGCUGCGGCGGUUAUGGUAACGGCUUCAGAUCGUCCACUCCUACUAAUCAACAUCACGGACGAUCAACGCCAAGCGUGGCGGAACGUUUAGCUAUCAACGCCAGUAAUUGUUCGUCGCCAACGCCGGCGACGAACAGCUCCUCAGGUAGAAGCACGCCUAUUCAGACUUCUUCCGGCAGGACCACGCCGACCAAUCUGAUCCUGUCACCCACGAAGAGCACCAUGUCCAACGAAGAACUGUUCACUGCGAUCCACAAGUCGAAGAAGAGACUCAACAUGAAAUUCAACGACGACAACGAGAACCUGUCGCCUUACGGAUCAAUGAAUUCUCUGAAAGCAAUGGCUGGUAGCAGAUAUAGCUGGAGCCCGGAGUCACAGAAAACUUUAGAUGUACCCACCACUGUGCAGUCGCCUACGUCACGAAUGGAUUUCAAACGUUUGCUCCUUCAACAGAGCAUCAAGGCGAGUCCGAUACGACUGUCAGCGGCGGAGCAACUAAAGCUGUCCCGUCAGCAGCAACAACAGCAGCAACAACAAUCCUCGCCGAGCGCUCAUCAUCAAAGUCCUCUGACUAAAAUUCUGAGUCCCCGCUCUGUUUGGAGGUUCCAAACUCCGAGAACCGACGUUCUCUCGUCCACCAUAAUCGAGGACACCGCGGCAGAAGAGAAAGCCAUGAAACCGUCACCGGAAAACACAUCCCCUAUCUCAAGAUUGAACUCCAGAAGACAGCUCGAUCUAGACAGCAAUCAUCGGCAUUUGGCCAAUAAAGAAGUCAAAGCCAACAACGAUAGAUCAGUAGUUGACAAGACGUCCGCGAAUAAAUCCAGUUUCAAUUCCACGAUCAUAUCACUCGAUGAGAACAACAAAACUCGCAAACUAAUCACAAGUACACCUAACAAUUCUGUGCGAACUACAUCUCCCGCGAAAACUACAAUAAUUGAUCAAGAUGUUUUAGUUUCUAAAAACGACAUCAAGAACGCAACACAGUAUUCGAAGAGUUCGAUCGAGUACAAGAAACAAGAUCCCUUGAGCGCCCUCGAGUCGAGAAGAAUCAGCAACCAAUUGGCGAGAGCUCAGUUUCUGGCCAAUACACCCACAAGCACCAAUCCUUCGCAGAAUCUUUACUUCACCAAGAGAUUCAGAGCUCGAUCGGAAUCUCCGCAGCACGUUGCGACCCAGAACGUCGUCGCGCCGCGUAGCCCAAGCGCGCCUACUCUCGAAACUGCUCUGUGAUCUGGGAAUGUUGCGAUGCAGAAUCGGGGACGCGCGCGUGACAACUGUCUCUCUCUCUCUCUGAAUAUCCAAUCUCUUUAAGAAAAUUGACGUGAUAUAUUUAUAUUAUUAUACCAAACAAUUUUCAAAUCGAGUGUGUUGUAAUCGCUAAUAUCUCUCACACACAUCUGCUAAGAGACAAUAAUUUAUCUAAUCGUGAUAUUUUCGCGCGCGCGAUAAUAAUUGCGGAAAUUUAGUAUUACUCAGUAUUGCGAGAUCUUUUUUGCAUAAAGUAGAAAAAAAAAACGCAAAUCUUACAGAGUCGAUUUUGAACAUAUAAUGGACUUUUUUACUAGCACAUUUGGUUUUUACGUCACAUUCAAAUUACUCUCCGCACACAAACAUAUAUAUACAUAAAAUAAAAAGUGUUUACUACUAUAUAUAUAAUACGAGCAAAAUAACAAGCAAUAAAUAGGAUAUCAUCGACGCCAAUAAAUCUCAAUCGCGUGCCUACUUUAUACAGACUUUGUACAUGAUACUUUUUAUAAAAAAAAAAAAAAAAAAAAAUCAACAACAUUUA